UUUCACCAGCAACAACCAUAAAAGGCAAGAUGUCGUGACAUGAAUAGGUGGAGUCGGACGAACUGAGAGGAGGGCCAUUGGCGGGCACCAGAAGUAUAUCAUUUGCCUCCGGAACAAGGGGAAAACAAUCACUGAGUUUUGUGAAGCUGUUUUCUUGUUCUUCACUUCGGAAGUUUAGAAAGGUUGAGAUUGUAGAGAAAAAUCCCGAGUUUUGGCAGAAAUUGGAGUGGCGGAGGAGAAAAGUUGGAUUUUGAGGCCGGGAAGGUUGGAAAGGUGCAAUUUUUUUUACCAUGAAGGAUGCUUGGGAUCUCAACGAUGCAGCGUCGGAGGAGGAGGACUCCCCGGCGGCCGCUGCCGCCGGGCCGGGCGGCGUAAAGGCGAAGACUGCGGGAAACAGCUCGGGCGAGGUCGAGAACGGCGGCACCGGUUCGUCGGAAGUCAUCGUCGUCGAGGCGGAGGGCGAGGGUGGCGCCGCCCGGAGGAUCUUCGGGUUCCCCAUCUCCGGCGACUGCACCACCUCCGAGGAGAGCGCACCUGCCGCCGUGACGCGCCAGUUCUUUCCCUUCCCCGACGAGGUUUCGCCUCGCGCUAACACGGUCGGGUUCGGGCCCCGGCAGUCGGCGGAGGCAGCGGUGAACGGGACGCCGAUGGAGGCGGCGCCGCCUGGCAAGAAGAGCAGGCGCGGCCCGAGGUCGAGGAGCUCGCAGUACCGGGGAGUGACCUUCUACCGGAGGACCGGGCGAUGGGAAUCCCAUAUCUGGGACUGCGGGAAGCAAGUUUAUUUGGGCGGAUUUGACUCAGCAUACGCAGCAGCAAGAGCAUACGAUCGGGCCGCGAUCAAGUUCCGCGGAAUCGAUGCGGAUAUAAACUUCAAUUUGGAGGAGUACCAAGAGGAUCUAAAACAGAUCGGCAAUCUGACCAAGGAGGAGUUCGUCCAAGUUCUCAGGCGCCAGAGCACCGGCAAUCCCCGAGGAAGCUCCAAGUAUCGCGGAGUCACCUUCCACAAAUGUGGGAGGUGGGAAGCUAGAAUGAGCCAGUUCUUCGACAAAAAGUAUGUGUAUCUGGGACUUUUCGAUACCGAAAUCGAAGCUGCGAGAGCUUAUGACAAGGCUGCAAUCAAGUGCAACGGCAAGGACGCAGUCACUAACUUCCACCUCAAGCUCUAUGAGGCAGAGCUUGGAAUUGCGAGUGAGAAAUCUGUCUACCCUUUGGCUAACUGCCCUUUUAAAUCACCAAUCUCACAACAGGUCGAGCACAAUCUUGAUCUGAGCUUGGGGAGUUCAGUACAGACGAAUAUGUUUGAUCAUCAGCCAGGGAAAGAGCUCUCAAUUGGCAGGAACAGAGCUUUGCAGCAUCAUCAGGAUUCCCACCUUUGGCAUCAGGAAGAAUUGCCCCUCCGGGCGCAGCACAACCAUGGCUUCUCAACUCUUUUCGCCAUUAAUGAUCGGCCAUUAAUGAUCGGUUCAAUAACCUGAUUAUUUACUCCCAAAGGACCCACGCUUUGUCCCCUUUCCUAUGUCAUCAAAGCAUCCAUUGGUUAUUUUGGAGUAGUUGCUGGUGCUGAACCUAUGGACACGGACGAUGCACAUACUUUUGGUCAUCGCUCAGAGUUGUUGCCUUUGAGACAGCCAAUAAUUGGAGCAAAUGUGGUUGGAACACUGUCUCUGGUCCUUUUUAUGGAUUAUUGGGAAAGGUGCGGUAGGGAAAGGUGAGACUGUGAGGGGCAUCACAUAGCUCUAUUGGCCAAAUAGCAGAAGCAGUACUUUCAAUGCGGAUGGGAAAUUAGUAUCCAUACUUUCCAAGAUUUAGAUUUUGAAGUUUAUUCCCAUAAAUCUUUACAAGAAUGUCGAGUUUCAAAUUUUAUUGUAAUUAGGCAUGGUAAAAAUACCAAUUUUCAGUAUGAAUAUGAGAGUUAAUAUUUUUUUUAUAUUUCAAUAUAUACCAAAAUAUAGAGAUUUAAUA